CUGCUGCUCAUGGCUGACGUAAAGUACGCGAGGUUACUAGAACCCAACAAAGUGUACGUCAACCCAAAGGCCAAAGCUGGCUUUCUUUCCCGCCUCACCUUCUGGUGGAUGAACGGUUUGUUUAUCACUGGAAGCGAACGCCCUCUUGAAAACCAUGACCUCUAUCCAUUGUUAGACGCAGACAGGACUGAAAAACUCACUGAAAAACUACAGCAAGAAUUCAACAAACUCAAAGAUUUACCAGGGAACAAGAGGACUCGUUUACUUAAGGCCCUUAUCUAUAUGUUCCCAGGAUACUUAUACAUGUUCACGAUAUGCGCCGGCCUGACUGGUGCCCUGUGUAAUGUUCUACAGCCUGUUUUCCUAAGUCUCUUGUUGUCUCAGCUUGUACAGACUUCACCGUUAGUCAGCUAUAAGUGGUGUUAUAUCUAUGCCAUAGGGAUAUGUAUUUGUUCUUUGAUAAGGUGUUUAGUGUUGCAGCAGUUUGCUGAACAGAACCUACUGACAGCAAUGAGAUGGCGAGUAGCAACCAUUGGCAUGAUCUUCAAAAAGGUUCUCCUCCUCAGUGAAACAACCAUAACCAACGUUUCCUCUGGGUUAGUCCUCGAUCUUGUCUCAGGCGACGUUCAACGCUUCGAUAAAGUCUGCUUCCUAGUUGGCUUCCUUGCUCUCAGUGUACCGGAAGUCGCAGCGGUGAUAUGCUUCAUGUGGUAUCUGAUUGGCUGGAAGUCCUUAUCUGGCGCGCUCUUCAUGUUGUUACUAGUUUGUUAUUAUUCUGUUAUGGGAGGAGUGUGUGCUGCUCUCAGGCUCAAGAUGGCCAAAAUCACAGACCGUAGGCUUGGUAUCAUGGGGUCCGUGGUGUGUGGUAUCAAGGCUAUUAAGAUGUACGCUUGGGAGUGGCCCUUCAGAGACAUGGUGCAGGAGGUUAGAAGACAGGAGAUCAACGUACUACGCAAGCGCAGUGCUAUCCUCGCUACAUUCCCUAGUCUACAGUUCUCUUCAACAGCCAUCGCUAGUCUUAUCUCUCUUGUUACUCUCGCUUCAACUGGAACAGAGCUGACGACGUACAAUGUCUUCGUGGUAGUGGCACUUCUCAGUACGAUACGAGUGACGGUGUGUGAAAAUAUCGCCAAGGGUGCGUUUAGUAUUGGCGAGUUUGUCUCCUCUAUCGAGAGAAUUCAAGCUUUCUUAGAACUGGAGGAGUUACCCAAUCUGCACGAUAAACAUGAAGUGGAAAACCGGAUGAAGACAAGCAAGGAGUUUUUAUCUGUUGUUAAAGAGAGUACUGAAUCGACAGGUACGGAUAAUGAGGAAGGUUCCUUAUUAACAGACUCAGGGCUCGAGAAGGCUAAGAAAAAAGACUCUGUUGUUAAGGAGGGUACUGAAAUAUCUAAUGGUACAGAGAUUGAGGAAGGGUCCUCAUUAACAGACUCAGAGCUCGAGAAGGCUAAGAAAGAAGACUCUGUUGUUAAGGAGGGUAUUGAAAUAUCUAAUGGUACGGAGAUUGAGGAAGGGUCAUCAUCUUCGUCUGAGAAAUCCCUACUAACAGACUCAGAGCUCGAGAAGGCUAAGAAAGAAGACUCCAAAGAGCCCAAACAAAGACGUCAACGAAGAUUACGUAAAAGCAAAGGCAGCGUAGAUCACUCACUCAGACAAGUAAAACUAUCUCUUCUCAACGUAACAUGCCAUUGGAUAAAAGGCAGUGAAAAACCAAACCUCAAUAAUGUAUCCUGUGAAGCUUUUGAUAGAGAACUGGUCCUUGUAACUGGGCCAGUAGGAUGCGGCAAGUCUACCCUGCUAUCAACAAUACUAGGCGAACUCCCCACCACUUCCGGGAAAAUUACAUGCAACGGAAAAAUAGCUCACGUCUCUCAGAGCCCAUGGGUGUUCUCAGGGACGAUUAGGAGUAAUAUUCUAUUUGGUAAGAGAUAUGAUCCCCGCCAGUAUGAAGCCGUCUUACAAGCAUGUGAUCUAGAGAGAGAUAUUAAUAGUCUUCCCGACCGAGAUGCAACGCGCAUCGGAGAGAGAGGUACUACACUGAGUGGUGGUCAGCGUACUCGUAUAGCAUUGGCACGCGCUGUUUAUAGUGAUGCAGAUAUUUAUUUGCUGGACGAUCCACUUGGUGCUGUCGAUAGCAAGGUCGGGAGGAAUUUGUUUGAACGCUGUAUUCAAGGCAUUCUUGGAAAAAAGAUACGAAUACUAGUGACGCAUCAACUUCAGUAUCUUCAAAACGCUGACCACAUUAUCCUUAUGAAUGACGGAGAAAUCACGAGCGAAGGGAGCUACGCUGACAUAUGCAAAACUGGAGAAGAAAUAGCUUUCUUACAGAAAGAAGAAAAAACGUCCGUUACUCCAAGACCUCUUUAUAAAGAUAUCUCGCUGGAGGUAGAGAACUGGAAGGAAAGCCAUUUCAGUAGCCUUCAGCCUGCAGAAGAGGACCGUCAGACAGGCGCCAUCUCUUGGUAUCUUUACUGGAGGUACCUGACUGCUGGGGUGAAGCCAUUAUUUCUCAUCUUACUUGCUAUGAUUUUUAUAUUCGUGCAAGCUUUCCUGAUUCUUCCUGACGUGUGGCUUCUUCACCUAACCAACAUGCCUCGCGAAGAGAGAAAGAAACUAACACAUUUCUACACGUAUGGUGGUCUUGUGGCCGUGGCUCUCCUUCUGUCAGUCCUUCGUGCGUCCUUGUUUUUCUCGACGGUGCUCAACUCAUCGCAAAUGCUACACGAUGAGAUGGUACAAACUGUGCUUAAGGCACCGGUCUUGUUCUUUGAUACCAAUCCUGUUGGUCGCAUCAUGAACAGGUUCUCUAAGGAUAUAGGAAGCAUGGACGAACUUCUUCCCGAUGUCCUACUUGACGCUCUUCAGCUAAUUCUAUUCUCCCUCGGUGCUAUAAUCCUACCAUCGGUAAUCAAUCCUUGGCUUAUCUUCGCUGUCAUUCCUCUCGUUACGCUUUUUAUCAUCAUUGGCAAGUAUUACCUUAAAACCUCUAGGGAGAUCAAAAGACUGGAGGCCAUCAAUCGAAGCCCAGUCUUCGCUCACUUCGCGGAUACUCUAGAAGGCGUGGUUACUAUGAGGUGUCACCAUAUGCAACAUGCUUUUGUGAAGAGACUUUACAAGUACCAAGAUGUGCACAAUCAAUCGUGGUUUGUUGUCAUAGAAACGGUUCGCUGGUUGGCCAUCAGACUUGACAUAUUGUGUGUUAUUUUUGAAACGGUAGUCGUUUUGGGCGCUUUGUUUGCUCAUUCAGGACCAGGAAUGACUGCCCUUUCGCUUAUUUAUGCUGCACAGCUAGCAUUCGACACAUCUCAAGUCAGUGUACGUCAGUGUUCAGAGGUUGAGAACUACAUGACAUCCGUAGAGAGAGUAGUGUCGUACACAGACCUUGAGCCAGAACCUGGCUACGACAUACAGAAUCAACCCCCUGACAGAUGGCCAGCGACGGGGGACAUAUCUCUAGAGAAUGUUUCUUUGAACUAUUACGAUGGAGGGCCUCAGGUUCUUAAGGAUAUCAAUGUGAAAAUACCCAAUGGACAGAAAGUGGGUGUGGUAGGGCGUACUGGAGCAGGGAAGUCCUCUUUGGUUCGUGCUAUAUACCAGAUGCCCAAGCCCGAUGGUCAGAUACUGGUGGAUGGAGUUGACAUCGGUACAAUCAACAUCCAGCGAGCUCGCUCUUCCAUUUCUGUCAUUUCCCAACACCCAAUCAUUUUCAGUGGUUCGCUUCGGAUGAAUUUGGAUCCAUUUAACAGGUUUACUGAUGCUGAUUUGUGGCAUGCUUUAGAACAAGCCAGCCUUAAAACCCUAGUCAGUAGUUUACCACAGCAGCUCUACUACGAGUUCGUAGAAAGCGGAUUCAACUUAAGCGCAGGGGAGCGUCAGCUGUUUUGCUUGGCUCGUGCGCUGCUGCAACGAAGCAAGAUAAUCAUCAUGGAUGAAGCGACAGCUAAUGUGGACUACCACAACGAGAGGAUUAUCCAAGGGAAGGUAAAGGAUAAUUUUGCUGCUUGUACUGUCCUCAUCAUUGCACAUCGCCUUGGGACCAUAAUGCACUGCGAUGAAAUAAUGGUGAUUGACGGAGGGAGACUGGCGGAGACUGGCCAGCCAAAUGUCUUGUCUGAAAAGAGAAAUAGUUUGUUUGCACGAAUGUAUCGAUCUUAUCAAGAAAGUGGAUACUUUCACGGACAAAAACGUUGACAAUCAUCACAUAUCUAUGUAUUUCUUUAAAAAGCAGUGACUAUUAGAGGAGAUCGGCAAACGAAGAAAGGUUUUUGGUUUGUGUCGGAUAGACUUUUUUGUUGCACAUUCUUGACCUAUAAACACAAAUGAUUCUGGAUAAUUUAUCUUGGUUUGCAAGAGGGAAGAGGGGUAACACAUGCGCGCUGUUUUAAAAGUACUUGCCUGCCUAGCCAUGUUGUGUGGUUUUGGCAAGAAUUGGGGUAGAAGAAGAAGAAAAUAAAAAUAGGUCAGUGGU